UUCAAAGGACUAAGAAUCUAAUAUUAAUAAUUUUACUCAAAAUGGAGCAGAAGCCAAGUCAGAUGCAAGUUCAGUCUGAAAAUCAAGGAAUUAUGAGACGAGAUCCAAGUGCACAAGCAAGUUCUAGUCUUAGUGGAGUACAAUCAAUUAAGAGUUUAUCAGUUGAAGAAAUUACUCUGAAUUUUGAUGAAAUUCCAAAUUCUUCUAAGAAAAUCUCUAAAGAAUCCCAUGUUGAAGCAAAUAUGAACAUGCAUCAGAGUGAAGAAGGUAAGAAAGCCUCUUCAGAUUCACCAAGUCUGAUAGCUAGUUCUGAAGAGUGCUAUCUUUCGUCUCAGAAGUCUGUAAAGCAAACAAAUGAAGGCUCCAAUGCUAAUCCAUGGAUAACAGAAACAAGCAAAGAUAAUCGUCCAAGCCAAGAUGAGAAUGAUUCAUCCGUCAAAACUUGCCACAAAGCUGACUGAAAGUCUGCCAAAGUCAAUCCAUUUGGAGCAGAUGUGGAUGCAGAUUCAGCAAGAUUUAAAGAAAGUAUCUCCAAGAAUAGUUUAGAAGCCCUUGAUAAAGAUGAGCUCAAGGAAGAGAAUUCAGUGAAUCCUUUUAAGAAGAGAGAUGAAAGUACCAUCUCUUCAAGUAAAUUUCGACCCAGUCGAGCUGGCAUGUACUAUUCUGCCAUUUGGGACAAAUCUAAAUGAAUUAUGAAAGAAUUGAACGUGCAGCAGAAAUAUUUAGACAUCCAGAGAAAGGCGUAUUCAGGUCUCGAAGGAGAUAUGUGAGAAGAGAUAUGCAUAGAAUCCCCUCAAAAGUUUGAAAUUUACAGAGAUGGAAAUUUUACAUGCUAUAAAACCUGAUUUCUCAAAAUUCCUGAUGUUAAUCGAAUUGCAACAGAAUUCGUGAAAUCUAAGGACUCCUUAGCUUUCUUUUCCCAAACUUUUGCCGAGAAGAGUGAAAUCUUGAGACAUACAUUUUCCAGAGAGCGAAUGUACUCCUCCCAACCAUAUUUUGCCUCAGGUCUUGAAAAUUAACUCUGCAGUUGAGAAGGAAAUAGUUUUUAGUGUUUGUCGAUUCAAUGAAAGGCAGCUCAAAAGAUCCCUUGCAGCUUUCAGACAUAUUGAAACUAUCGAAUUCAAUAGCUGCACUUUCUUAGUCCCAAGAGUUCCUGAUCUUUCGUUGGCUCUCAAGGCCUCUAAGGUUAAGGAGUUAAAGUUCUGCUAUAGUGUUGUCUCAAGUAGUGACGACGAAUUUACCAACCCUGGUGAACUGGAGAACUUGAUUAAAGGAUUCACCACUUCUCCUGAUCUUAUGCAAAGUUUGCAACAGUUAAAGUUUCGAGAUUGGGAGAUUGAAGAAGAAUUGCCAGAAAAUUUUGAAGAAUCAUUCACAAAGAAAUUUGAAAAUUCUUUCGGAAAAAGAAUUGAAAUUACAUUUCCCCGAUAUUAACUCAAAACUAAAGGAUUGGAGCAUU